AUGAGCAAUGAUGGCCUGGGAUCCUGGUCCACGUUGAAUGCUUCAUUGGAAGAUAUUGGAGCAGAAAAUGAAACUGACUUCCUAACCCCCCAGGAUGGUUUCAAGCACGAAUUAUCACCAUAUGAUAUAGCAGACAUUCUUAUCUCCAUCUCCAUUUUACUUAUUAGCAUUUUUGGAAUCAUUGGGAAUGGAACUGUCAUCUGGUUUCUUGGCUUUUGCAUGAAGAGGAAUCCUUUCACCACCUUCAUCCUGCAUCUGGCUGCUGCUGACCUUGGGGCUCUCAUAUGCUUAUUUACUUUUUCCAUUAUGAGAAUUUUGACUUUAUUUCAAUUCUUCACUUUUUAUAAUAACUUAUUUGCAGUAUUCGAGAAUUUUUUGUGGUUUAUGUACAACACUGGUCAAUAUCUGUUGACAGCCAUUAGCAUGGACAGGUGUUUUUCUGUUGUCUUCCCACUUUGGCAUCGGUGCCACCGACCACCACACUUUUCCACCCUUGUGUGUGCCACAAUAUGGAUCAUUUCUUUCCUGCUCACUGUAAUCAGCAUGAUUCUUUUUAUUUUUAACAUUCUACCGCAUACCAUUUUCUACCACCUUCUAAUGAAUGCUAUACUUUGCCUCCCACUCAUGACUGUUUCCACUCUGGUCCUGUUUAUAAAACUUUACUUUAGAUCACAACAAAGGAAGAAGGGAAAAGCUUUAACAGCCAUCCUUCUUGCCCUCCUCUUCUUCCUCUUCUUAGCUUUCCCAUUAACUUGCAUUGUAUUAAUCUGUUUUUUCACUCCAUUUAUAUCCUAUAAUGUCGAAUCUUUUGCAAUAUCUGUUGGGUUAUUAUGCAGCUGCCUGAAUAGCAGUAUUAACCCACUGAUUUAUUUCCUGAUUGGGAGAAACAAGAGGGCUCGAUCCAGGGAGAGCAUGAAGGUCAUACUCCAGAGACUUUUCAAAGAGGAGGAAAACUGCAGAGAGGAACAAGAAGUACCAGUUCAAACCCAGAUGUGA